UGUAUACACACAUAUAUAUACAUAUACUGUAAUCCCAGGUCUCUCUCUCUCUCUCUCUCUAGCUUUCUCUCUCUACAGUCUUCACCGGCCACGUUAUUUGUGGUUUUUCUCUGUCAUGAGAAAAAUAUUUGCAACUAAUUACUAGCUACAGUUAUAUACGUAUAUAUAUCUUAUAUAUAUACAUACAGAGGUGCAGUUACAUAUACACAUAGAGACACACACUGGAGAGUGAAAAAUGUUGGAUCUGAAUGUUGACGCCGUUCUCUCAGUCGAUUCCACUUCCUGCGGCGGCGGUGCCGGCCGCGGCAACACGGCAGCCACCGCCGAUUCCGUGGCUUCCACCACCACAUCCACCACCAAUAAUGCCGCCUUCCCCUCCUCCGCCGGCGCCGACGAGGUCGACUGCAACAGCUCGACGCGCGUCAGGCACUCCGUUUCCACCCUCAAUUUCUCGAUCCUCGACAAGAGCGUGAUCGAGAUUGAAGACGAAGUGGAUAAUGACGUCAUUAAUUGCAGAAGCGAGCUGCAGCUUUUCCCGAUGGGUGUGUCGUCGUCUCCGCCGCAGUCCCUGUCCAUGUCCCCCUCUCUGGUCAGGGCUAAGUAUUGGUUGAAUCUAUCGGUGCCGGAGGUCCCCGGCGGCGGCGGCGGGGGUUUAGAAUUGGGAAUUUACAAGGCGGCGCAGUUACCGGCGGCGACUAAUCAAGCUCCGCAGCCUCAGGUGAAGAAGAGCCGCCGUGGGCCCCGCUCUCGAAGCUCUCAAUACCGAGGGGUUACCUUCUACCGCAGAACUGGAAGAUGGGAAUCUCAUAUCUGGGAUUGUGGUAAACAAGUCUAUUUGGGAGGAUUCGACACAGCCCAUGCCGCAGCUAGAGCAUACGAUCGUGCUGCAAUAAAAUUUCGUGGAGUCGAAGCCGACAUAAAUUUCACUAUUGCUGAUUACGAUGAGGACAUGAGCCAGAUGAAGAAUUUGACAAAAGAAGAGUUUGUUCAUAUUCUACGUCGCCAAAGCACUGGUUUCUCUCGAGGAAGCUCAAAGUACAGAGGCGUAACCCUUCACAAAUGCGGUCGAUGGGAAGCGAGAAUGGGUCAAUUCCUCGGAAAGAAGUAUAUGUAUCUUGGGUUAUUCGACAACGAAGUAGAAGCUGCAAGGGCUUAUGACAAAGCAGCCAUCAAAUGUAACGGGAGUGAAGCUGUCACAAACUUCGAGCCUAGUAACUAUGACAGAGAAAUGAAUAUGAGUUCUGGUAUUGGCAGCAAUCUUGAUCUCAAUCUCGGAAUUUCUUUAUCUACGGAUGGUCAACAAGGAUACGAGACUACCAGAAAUUUGCAUUUUCCUCAUGUAUCUAAUGAACUGCCAGACGGGAAGAGAAUAAAGAUUGAAACCGCUUCUGCUUCGCCCCACGAACUAUUAAUGUCGACCAAGGGUGCCCCUCCAAUGUGGCCUAUCGUAUAUUCUGGUUUUGCCCCAAACAGUAAGGAAAGAGCAACAGUAAUGAGCGGUGAAGCUGUUCCUUUGCCUGGAUACGCAAACUGGCCAUGGAAAAUGCCGAGCCAUGGAGUGGGGGUCGUGACCCCCAUGCCGUUUAUAUCCGCUUCUGCAGCAUCAUCAGGAUUCUCUUCGAACAAUGCGUCUCCGUACUUGAAUUCCCUCGUGUCUCGAACACCGCAAUUUCCUGCAUCUGCUUUCAACACCCUUCACUGAUUUUUGCUCCAGGAUUUGUCUCCAAUCACAGAUAUAUUUCUCUUGUCAGUCAUACAAAUAUUAUACAAAUAAUAGAUUGACAAAGGUAAUAUAUGAUGUGUAUACAUUUUGGUACAA